GCCGAGUCCCGGGCCAUGGCGACCUGCUUGCGGCUGCGGCGCUGCCGGGCCCCGCGCCUCCCGCCCGCGCCGCCCGCCCGCCGCCCGCGCCCGCCCGCGCCCGGCCCGGCCCCGCGGCGCGGCUACGCCGGGGGCCCCCCAGGCCUGUCGGCCGCGCUGCUGCGCUCCGACGGCUUCGUGGGCGGCCGCUGGGUGCCCGCCGCCGCCACCUUCCCCGUGCACGACCCGGCCAGCGGCGCCGAGCUGGGCCUGGUGGCCGACUGCGGGGUGCCCGAGGCCCGCGCCGCCGUGCGCGCCGCCUACGAGGCGUUCUGCAGCUGGAGGGGCGUCUCGGCCAAGGAGAGGAGCUCUUUACUUCGGAAAUGGUACGACUUAAUGAUACAAAAUAAGGAUGAGCUGGCCAAGAUCAUCACGGCAGAAAGCGGGAAGCCCCUGAAGGAGGCUCAGGGCGAAAUCGUCUACUCGGCCCUGUUCCUCGAGUGGUUCUCGGAGGAGGCCCGCCGCGUGUACGGGGACAUCAUCUACCCACCCGCCAAGGACCGGCGCGCACUGGUCCUGAAGCAGCCGCUGGGGGUGACUGCCAUCAUCACCCCGUGGAAUUUCCCCAGUGCCAUGAUCACUCGGAAGGUGGGGGCCGCGCUGGCCGCCGGCUGCACCGUGGUGGUGAAACCAGCUGAGGAUACGCCCUACUCCGCCCUGGCCCUGGCCGAGCUUGCAAACCAGUCCGGCAUCCCCGCGGGCGUCUACAACGUGGUUCCCUGCUCGCAAAAGAAGGCCAAGGAAGUGGGGGAGGCGCUUUGCACCGACCCCCUCGUCUCCAAAAUUUCCUUUACUGGCUCCACGGCCACUGGAAAGGUCCUGCUGCACCACGCGGCCAACUCCGUGAAGAGGGUGUCCAUGGAGCUGGGUGGCCACGCGCCCUUCAUCGUCUUCGACAGCGCCAACGUGGAGCAGGCGGUGGCUGGGGCCAUCGCCUCUAAAUUCAGGAACUCCGGGCAGACGUGCGUGUGCUCCAACCGCUUCCUGGUGCAGCGAGGCAUCCACGACGCCUUCGUGAAGAAGCUGGCCGAGGCCAUGAAGCAGCACCUGCACGUGGGGAACGGGUUCGAGGAGAAGACCACACAGGGGCCGCUCAUCAACAAGAGGGCUGUGGAGAAGGUGGAGAGCCACGUGAAGGACGCCGUGUCCAAGGGGGCCACCGUGGUGACGGGCGGGAAGCGCCACCCCCUGGGGCAGAACUUCUUCGAGCCCACGCUGCUGAGCAGCGUCACCCAGGACAUGCUGUGCGCCCAGGAGGAGACCUUCGGGCCCCUGGCCCCCGUGAUCAAGUUCAACACCGAGGAGGAGGCCUUGGCCAUCGCCAACGCGGCUGACGUGGGGCUGGCGGGGUAUUUCUACUCGCAAGACCCGGCGCAGAUCUGGAGGGUGUCGGAGCGGCUGGAGGUGGGCAUGGUGGGCGUGAACGAGGGCCUCAUCUCCACGGUGGAGUGCCCCUUCGGCGGCGUGAAGCAGUCGGGCCUCGGGCGCGAGGGCUCCAAGUACGGCAUCGACGAGUACCUGGAGAUCAAGUACGUGUGCUUCGGGGGCCUGUAGGCGCCCCCCUCACCCCCCUCCGGAAACAGGGACGCGAAGGAAAAAGGAACGCGACAGCCAACGGACCUUUGUCCCCGAGACACGCCGCCGCCGUCCGUGAUUCCCAGCCAGCCCCGACGGCGGCGUCUGGGGGAUUCUGUCCCCCUCCCCGCCCUGCCCUCCCCUGACCCACCGAGGGACCAAUCAUGCCUGAGGCAGCAGCGUUGGGGUGAUAGAAGGGCCCCCCCAUCCUCCUCCACUGCCGCCACCGUCCUGUCCGCCUCCCUGCAGGCGGCCAGGCUGUCCCCAUGGCCCGGGAGGCCCCAGCUGUGCCCUCGUGCCUCGGGAGCAGAGAGCAGCAGGACCGUGGCCAGUGGGGGGCCAGGGACCCCUGACAGUCGCUCUGAACCUGGGGAUACAGUGUGUUUGCGGGUACAGCUGCCAAGCUCGGGGCGAGGUCGGGGGGUGGUCUUAAAGGCUUGGCUCGAGCCCCGAGUGGCGGCUGGAGGGCACCGCGGCCCGUGGGGCAGGACCCCCGUCAGAGCCUGGUGUUGGUGUGUCUGGGCUGCUCUCCGGUGGGGUUUCUCUCUCCGCCAGAGCCGCAGCGAGAGAGCAGGGGACCCCCCUUGGUCCCCCGGUGCUGGGGCCCGCAGAGGAGACAGAUGACACUGUGAAUGGAAACCCAAAUAAAAGUGUCCCUCCUCUCAUCACGAAAUGAUCUUGGUGGCGCUCGUGAUUGUGACACCUCCCCCACCCCGUGCUCUGUGACUCUGCCGUCCACGGCUGUCACUGGUGGUGUGGCUCCCUCCCCCCCCCAAAAAAAAGAACCCCAGAUAAUUAGAUUUUCCAGUUCAGGCCAGGGCUGUGACUCCAGUGGAUGAGCAUUUGCCUUGCAGGGCCCAGAGUCACGUCCCUGGCACUGCCUGCCGUCCCCAACUGCACUGCGGGUGCCCUGCGGGCCCCAUUAAACAAACCCGAAAACCAGUGAGUCCUCUCACUCCGAGUGAAGAAAUGCUGAGUCUGGGGCCGGAGCGAUAGCACAGCGGGUAGGGCGUUUGCCUUGCACGCGGCCGACCCGGGUUUGAUCCCUGGCAUCCCAUAUGGUCCCCCAAGCACCGCCAGGAGUGAUUCCUGAGUGCAGAGCCAGGAGUACCCCCUGAGCAUUGCCGGGUGUACCUGGAAGAAAGAAAAAAAAGCUGGGCCUUCCCGGAGUACGGCCAGGCAUCCCUCACCGGCAGACACUGUGUCCCUGACACUCCUCAUGGGGGCUGUGGCCGUGGCCACAGUGGACUGUGGGACACUGGCCCCUGCUGUGGCCACACUGCACAGAGGUCACCCGAGGACGUCCUUUUCAGAACCCAGCCCCAGCGUGUGACGGCAAAAGCCGCUCCUGGCCGAACAGGAAGAGCCGACACUGCCCCCUCCCACUCUCCCCGCGUGCAGAAUUCCCGGAGUGUCUGUGACUAUCCCUGGGCUGGAAGGAGAGCAUGAAAGGAAGUGUUGGCUGGAUGCAGCGACCCCAGAACCUCACGCAGUACUUAGCAUUCCUCGGUGGGCCCUGAACACAAAAGGACUGAGGGGCUGGAAUGUUCCAGAAUGCAGAGAAAAGAUGGCCAGUCCAGGCUCUGUGUUGCAUUUGGCCUGAUGAGGGCCCCCGUGCCCCCCAGGCCCGAAGGAGGAGUGAGCUGGUCUGUCCCCGAGUGACGUGGGUGCCCAGGGCUUGUCCCAAGUCAGUUCCCCGCAUAUUGAUAGCAGUUCAUGCUUUAUAUAGUCUUCGGAUAUUUUUAUAUGACAUUCUAGCGACUUAAUAUUUGGGUGUGUCCAUCUGUUUUCUAUCAACCGUAAAAACGCCUCAGCAUUAUUUUUUUGUAGGAGUCUGAAUACAGAUGCUUGGAGGUGUUUGCAGUAUGCCGUGCAAAAAGUAGUUUUGUCAGCAGUGAAUUCCUUAGCUGAUGGCAUUAUUUUGAGUUUUGUUGAACAUUUGUCUCACCAGAUACAUAAAUAGAGGACCAGGGGACUCAAUAUAAGAUUUCUCUUUCAUUUUUUAAUGAAAAGAAUUUGAGAAGAAAAUUGCAUAUUGCUUGCUAAAAUUGUCCUGAGUGGCGGGAAGGUUUUAGUUGAAUGUUUCAUCGAGAUAAUUGUUUUUCAGUCCGCUGCAUGUGAUGGAUGAGCCUUUUCCCAGGAAUAACACUUUAUGACAUGAAAUGGGAAAUGACCGCUUGGGCAAAUCACGGGGCCAGUCACCUGCCACUUGGCUUUGUGCAACCCAGAGUGAAGAAUGACUUUUGGGGGCCCAGAGUGAUUGUACAGAGGGCAGGGUACUUGCUUUGCAUGUGGCCAGCCCAGGUUCGAUCCCUGGCAUCCAAAAUGAUCCCCCAGGGCUCUCGGGAGUGAUUCUUGAGUGCGGAACUGGGAAUAACCCCUGAACACUGCCAGAUGUAAGCGCCCCCCAUCACACACACACACACACACACACACACACACACACAAAUGGCUUUCCUGCUUCCAAAUGGGUGGGAGGGGGAGAGAAUCAGAAUAAUCCCGUUCAUGGCACCUGCAAGUGAUAUGAAAUUCAGAUUUCCAUGUCCAUAAAGGCACAGAGACAUCCCAUCCAUUUGCACUAUGACCUGUAGAACAUAAAAUAUUUACACUUUGGCUCUUUGCAGGAAAAUCUGUUAUCCCUGGCUAGGCAUUAACCAAACAUUUCCUCUCAUUGACACCUUCUGUGUAAAAAGCACUUUUCUCAGCAUUGCCUUCGUGAGUUGUCAUCAAGAAAUUUCUAGAGAAAAAUAUGUAACUCAAGUUACCUAGAUUAAGAGAAACCCUUGGCCUGGGAAAAAACGUGUCUUGAUUUACUUUCUGCGACUGUUCAGGAAAUCUCAUUUAAGGAAUUUAGAUGCUGUUUCUCCUGCCUUUAGUCUUACCAUAAGACUCCAUUGAAAAUAAAGAUCAGAAGCACAAGA